CGUGCGGCAGCUCUCGGUGCAUUGAAGGGAACCGUCCCCUGGUGGAAGCCGGUGGCCGCCCGCCUCUGUCACACAAGGGCGGCGAGGAAGGCGCCGUGGGGCAAGCCCGGGCUCCAUGAACAUCCCUCCUAGGCGGGCUUCCUCGCGGGCAUGACCCAGCGCCAGAGCAUCCCUGCUCCGCGGCGGUCCCUGCGGCUGUGCGACAUGAGCCAGCUGCUGCGUGCCGCAGCCGGGCGAGGGAAGUGGACCAGAUCCAGCGCGGCCAAGAGGGCUGCGUGCCUGGUGGCUGCGGCAUAUGGGCUGAAAAUCCUCUAUCCCGUCCUCCGCAAGCGCCUGCAGCAGACAGCCUGCGAAAAGGGCUUGCAGGCUGCCUGCCGGGCUGGAGGGGGCGAGGAGCCGCUGCAUUGCAGCCGGAUCCGGGGCAGAGCCUCCCCGGCAGUGAAUGCGGAAUUUUUCAGGCAGCUGCUGGAACUUCGUAAGAUCCUUUUCCCGAAGCUGGUGAGCGCCGAAUCGGCCUGGCUUUGCCUCCACUCGGUGGCUCUGGUCUCCCGGACUUUCCUCUCCAUCUACGUGGCCGGGCUGGAUGGGAAGAUCGUCAAGAGCAUCGUGGAGAAGAAGCCCAGGAGCUUUGCCAUCAAAUUAAUCAAGUGGCUCAUGAUUGCAAUCCCUGCCACUUUUGUGAACAGUGCCAUACGGUACCUGGAGUGCAAGCUGGCCCUAGCCUUCCGUACCCGCCUGGUGGAUCAUGCCUAUCAGACCUACUUUGCCAAUCAGACAUACUACAAGGUGAUCAAUAUGGAUGGGAGGCUGGCGAACCCCGACCAGUCCCUGACCGAGGACAUCAUGAUGUUCUCCCAGUCGGUGGCACACCUGUACUCUAACCUGACCAAGCCCAUCCUGGAUGUAGUACUGACAUCCUACAGUCUUAUCCAGACUGCCAGGUCCAGGGGAGCAAGCCCCAUUGGGCCUACGCUGCUGGCAGGCCUUGUGGUGUAUGCCACGGCGAGAGUACUGAAAGCAUGCUCGCCCAAAUUUGGCAAGCUGGUCGCAGAGGAAGCUCACAGAAAGGGUUAUCUGCGAUACGUCCAUUCGCGGAUUAUAGCCAAUGUGGAAGAGAUCGCCUUCUACAGAGGACACAAGGUGGAAAUGAAACAACUACAGAAAAGUUACAAGGCUUUGGCAGACCAAAUGAACCUCAUAUUGUCCAAACGUUUAUGGUACAUCAUGAUAGAGCAAUUCCUGAUGAAGUAUGUCUGGAGUAGCUGUGGUUUGGUUAUGGUGGCUGUACCUAUCAUCACAGCAACAGGCUUUGCAGAUGGCGAGUUAGAAGAUGGCCAUAAACAAGCAAUGGUUAGUGAGCGAACAGAAGCCUUUACUACUUCACGAAAUCUGUUGGUCUCUGGAGCAGAUGCCAUUGAAAGGAUUAUGUCUUCUUACAAAGAGGUCACCGAGUUAGCAGGCUAUACAGCUCGAGUGUACAACAUGUUUUCAGUCUUCGAUGAAGUGAAGAGGGGCAUUUACAAAAGAACUGCCGUUGGUCAAGAGAUUGAAACCAACAGCAAGAAUGAAGAUAAAGCAAAACUACACACUGAUGGCCCCUUGGAAAUCAAGGGAAAAGUUAUUGAUGUUGAUCAUGGAAUUGUUUGUGAAAAUGUUCCUAUUAUUACCCCAAGUGGAGAUGUGGUGGUUUCCAGACUAAACUUCAAAGUACAGGAAGGAAUGCAUCUUUUAAUCACUGGCCCCAAUGGUUGUGGAAAGAGUUCUCUUUUCAGAAUUUUAAGUGGUCUGUGGCCAGUCUACGAUGGUGUUCUCUACAAACCGCCUCCCCAACACAUGUUCUAUAUCCCACAAAGGCCCUACAUGUCCAUUGGAACACUACGUGAUCAAGUCAUUUAUCCAGACUCAGUGGAUGACAUGCAUGAAAAAGGAUACCAAGACCAGGAUCUGGAAUGUAUCCUGCACGUUGUUCAUCUGUAUCACAUAGUUCAAAGAGAAGGAGGCUGGGAUGCUGUGAUGGACUGGAAAGAUGUCUUAUCAGGAGGAGAAAAGCAGAGGAUGGGCAUGGCUCGCAUGUUUUAUCAUAAACCAAAAUACGCAUUGUUGGAUGAAUGUACAAGUGCUGUAAGCAUUGAUGUUGAAGGAAAGAUAUUCCAAGCUGCAAAAGGUUCUGGGAUAUCCUUGCUUUCCAUCACACACAGACCUUCUCUUUGGAAGUACCAUACUCACUUGUUGCAGUUUGAUGGAGAAGGAGGCUGGCGUUUUGAACAAUUGGACACUGCUAUCCGCUUAUCACUCAGUGAGGAAAAACAAAGACUAGAAUCCCAGCUUGCAGGAAUUCCUGAAAUGCAGCAGAGACUGAAUGAACUUUGCAAAAUUUUGGGAGAAGAUUCAGUGCUUAAAACAAUGGAUAAAGAAGAAUAAAUAUCUUAAUUUAUGUUUGAUAUUUUAAAUUUUUUUUUUUAGUUAAAAGCUUUAUGAAUUUAAUGACACUUGCUUGCAUGCCUUGUGGUAGGCUUAGAGCAUAGAGAAAUGUAACCAGCAAAAAAUAGUGCUUUAUAAGAUUUUAGCAUUUUGGUAUUAAGGAAGAAAGUAGUUUGAACCCUGAAAAGUAGAUCAGCAAAUGCGCUGUGUACAAGAUUAGUCAUGAGAGCUUACAGUAAUUCCUAGUGAAAGCCCAAUUCACUGAACAAAGUUACCGGCAGUUAGAUUUGCUUGGUGAAUUUUUGCUUGGGCGUUGACAGGUAGAAUGUGCUCUCAUGCCAGAUUGCCAUGUGCAUAUGAUAUGCCUGCUAAACAAAGCAAAUCUGGCAUGUAACUCAGGCAUGGAGCAACGCAAGGCAGGCUGUGGGUGAGUAUGCACAUGCAUGCAAAAAUCUAAUUUGGGUACAAGGAAAUAUUUUUCUGUCCAUGUAAAACUGAUCUGUUCCUCAGCUGAGCCGUAUGCAUGUUAUUAGCUGCAUUUUCAUAGGAAAUAACAACAUGAAAGGCAGCCUAGAAGAUAACUGUCAUAACAACAGCCAUCCAAUUGUCCUUUCAACCAAUUAACAGAGAUUUAACAAGACAGAUAAUACACGUGUAGAGUACGGAGUGCCACAAUGCAUAAUUUAAGAAGCCUUUUUCCCUCAGGACAUGUACAUUAAUUCCUAGUAACCUUUCAAAAGAUUAUGUAUGCCCAGUAUACUUUGGUAGGCAAGGCAUUGGAUCCUGAGUCAGGAGACUCGGGUUCUGUUCCUGACUCUGCCACACCUGCUGUGACCUCGAGCAAGUCGCUACCCCUCACUGCUCGGUUUCCCUAUCUGUAAAAAGAGGAUAAUAAGACUCACUCACCGGCACUUUGUGAUUGACUGAUGAAAAGGCCUAUCUAAGAUCCAGGUCUUUUUAUUAAUGCACCCUUUAGUUCUCAUGAGCUACCACCCUGAUAAUAAAAAUGUGCAGCAAUUACAGAGUUCUUUAAAAUGUUACAGCCCUGUGUAACCAUCAGUUAAUGCCCGCAGUCCCUCAGAAAGGUGGGUAAACAUUGCUAUCCUCACUUAAAAAUGAGAGAACACACAAGUUCGCAGCCAUGUGUUCUAAUUUUGUGUGCACCUCUGUUUUUUACCUCAGUGGGAGCUGUGGCUGCUCUGAACCUCUUGACAGUCGGGCUGAAGGUGCCUCCAGUGCAGCAUGCUUCUGGAAACGUUGACCUUCUUAGUACCUCGCCCCAGGCCAAACACGCAGUGAGUCAGGGUGAGAGACGGGAAUAGAUUUGAAGCGCUCCUGAGUUCCAGUUCCUCGAGAACACACUGCCUCAGUGCCUCUGACCUUCCAGAUAAAAGGUUUCUGCAGCCCGUGUUUUACUUGGCAGCAGCACAAGGGCAGAUGAGACAGGAUGAAGAGAGUGCAGUCCAGAAACGUGCAACUAUCCCUUCCCACUCUGGUACAACAGGCCACUCAUAAUGGACAGCUCUGGAAGGUAGAAUAGGAAGGGACGGCUUUUGAAAGUGAUUAGUGUGCUCUGAGGAAACGAGAAAGGCUAAGCAGAGAGAAAUUGGAUCUGAAGUUUGGUGGGUCUGUUUUAAAAGAAAAAGAGAGUUAAUUCUUAGGGGAUUGCUGUGUGACUGGUGCUUUGCAGGCUGACAAAGCUCAGUUGCAAAACACAAGCGAUGUGUCAAGGCUCGGGGAGGUUUUAGGCCAGCUGCUUAGCUGUACUCACUGCUAGCUCUUCCAUGUGGUACUUCAGACUGGAGUUGCAUUGACAUUAGCCGCAGAGAAGGAGGCUCAAUAAACUUGCACUGGAAAAGACUCCAGAAUGCCAGCUGGCUGCCAUAGAUGAUAUCCUUGCCACUGCCCUUAGUUGGGGUUUCUGUCAGGAGGAGGUCAGCUGUAACUCCUGCUAGUGCUCCACAGAAGACUCCAGCGCCAUCACGACUGUGCCCCCUUUCUGGUAAGCACCACCCACUUUUCACAGUUCAAGAGAGGCUGUUGUUUUGUGGCAAUGCAGCCACCCAACAGACACUUAUCUGUAUCUAAAGAUUGCAGCAUCUGAGCCACUCACAAUCUGUAAUAUCCUUCACACCACCCUGUGCAGGGGAGAAGUACAUUGUACAAAAAGACAAUGUGACUUGUUCAAGGUCCUAAAGGAAGGGUGGUGCCAGCAGGAAAUUGAACCCCGCUCUCCCAAGUCCUAGGCUAGCACCCUCACCACUUGACUUGACUUUCCUUCCUCUCUUCCCUUCCUGGGCUUCCUGCUGCCAGAGAUCUCCACCAAGGACUACACCAGACCCUGGAAUGAACCUGGCCCUUAGUCUGUGCAGCUGAGUCUCUUUCUCUCCCUUAUUCCUGAAGGGAAUCGUGUAUCUAUCCUUGCAUCAGUUGUUUGCUGGUCUCAUUAGGUGUUUCCUCAGACAAUCCACUGAGAUGUCUCAGUGUAACAGAACAGAGUGGAAUGCCCUGGAGAACGCUGGAAAAGAAUUGGGAAAUUAAGUAACUAAUUAGAUGCAGUUGUGUAAAGCAAAGACAGGAGGUCACUGAUUUGGCUGGUGACAUGCAUGCAUUUUAAUUUGCAAGCUUCUCUGCAUGUUUCUUCCCAAAAGGCUGACUUUCUUUCUUUUAGUCUUCAAAUAAAAAGUCCAUAGGGUGGAAAUCUUUGUUACAAAUGAGCAUAACCUGAGAAAAACUGACUUUUCAAAAGGGAAAAGGUCAGUGUAUUUCAGCAUUAUACCUCUGUAACACAUGGUGCUGUGUCAGGCAUGGGGAUGACAGGUAAAAAGUAUAAGGCCAGAUCCUGGUCCUGAUAGCUUAGUAUCAGCCUGCUGGCACAAAGCAGCCACAAAGUUAUGUUACCCCAGGAUUCCCCCAGUGCCCGGGGACCUCCAUAGAUAGCAAACCUGGUUCCAUGCCACCACUCUCAUGGUGCCUGGUGUAAGGGGGAUGGCGGAGGAAGGAGCGUUGCUGUACUCCAGCAAUUCCCCAAUUGUCAGAAAGGCACUUUUCCCUAAGGCUGUUCUUACUUGCAUUGAGAGCUAAAUUGACACCUCCCCCACUGGCCCCUGGAUCAGGGGUGCAAAAAGCUGGUGAGCAGCCUGAGCAGCUCAGUGCAGCUCUAAAAUUGGGCCUAUGGUUUAUAAACUCCCACUGAAACAUUCUAAAUGGGAUUUUAAAAAUGUUACUAAAUGCAACAAUGGAAUCCCUGUUAUUUGAGCUGUCCCACUAGCAAAACAUGCAGCCCACUAAAGUGUAAUGGAAAGACCGCCUCUGAAAAAGAAAUGUCUAGAAGUUUUAACUUAUUUUCUCAUUGUUUUAAAAUGAAAUUCUCUGUAAAACUUACACAAACUGCAUACUGCUAUGAAAACAGCCCUGUUCUUUUACAAUGAAAAGAUUAAAUUGAACUGGAAUCAACUGGAUAAAAUGUUGCCAUAAGCCCCAUAAAGUGUGAUGCACAUUUACUGGAGCCAGUGAUGUGAUAAAUUAUCCAUUCCAGUUCAGAAGUACA